CGCGCUUUUGCGCCUUAAAACGCCUUUGCAGACAACACGCACGGCUUGGUUGCGCACAAGUUUGCGCACCGGUUUACUUUGCUUCAGAUAAAAACGUGUGUGUGGAAAUCGCCCGAGAAGGAAGAAGCCUUCAUUUCCGCCGUCCUCCUCCCCUUCCUCCUCCUCCUCCACGUCCUCCAGCUCUUCAUCAUCAUCAUCAUCAUCAUCAUCCCCGCUUGGAUCAGAAGUACACAUUCUCCUCCCUCAUACAGAGCUCAGCUUUCAUCGGAACCACUCGAUUCCACCAAACUGGACCCACAGCUGCGAGAACUUGUACACCUUCGCCGACAUUGUGUGUUUGCAAAGCGAAAUUGGAUCUGUGGCUCCCUGAGGGAUUUUUUGUUUUUUUAGGGUAGGGGGGGGCGGUGGCCGGAAAGGAGAUUUUAUUUUGUAUGUUUACUUUUCCUUCAUCAGCCCCCUUCAUCCCUUUUAUUAGUUCAAAAUGGAUGCCGUCGACAGGAUGUGGCGGCGCCCCUGGAUUAGCCGCUUAUGUGAUUGACAGUUAAGGUGGAGGGGGGCCACAAAGUUUUGAUCAUCCAGGAGGGGCGGAAAAGGUGCAGGAUGCAGUCCGGAAUAAAGAUGCUUUCCGCAGGUGGAGGUGCGUCGCUCUGUUGUCUGUUGCUCCUCUGGCUCAUCUACUCCCAUCUGCUUCGAGAGGGCCAGUUGGCGAUGGGAACCUGCGAGAUAGUCAUGCUGAACAGGGACAGCAGCGUUCCCAGACGAACCAUCGCCAGGCAGACAGCCCGCUGCGCCUGCCGGAGAGGUCAGAUCGCCGGCACCACACGGGCCAGGCCGGCAUGUGUCGAUGCGAGAAUCGUGCGGAGUCGUCAAUGGUGUGAGAUGACCCCCUGUGUGGAGGGCGAAGUUUGCAGCCUCCUUUUCAACCGCUCCGGAUGGACCUGCACCAGAAGCAGCGGACGCAUCAAGACCGUCACGCCUUUGCCCAGGGAGCCAUCGUAGAAUGCAGCGGUGGGAAAAAGACCACCUGCGAGUUCCCCGAUUCAUGCUGUGAGAUAAGCUGCGGCCAAUCACUACAGAGCAUUACGUCUGUCCAACAAAAAGUUUCACAAACUCGACACCAUGCCUUGAGCCUCUCUUUUUUUUGGGCUUUUUCUUUCUGGUAUUUUCAGCAUCAGCCUUGACACUUCUGCAGCCACAUUUAGAGACUAAACAUUGAGCGGUGUGUCAGCGGCGAAACAUUCUUCGACAAGUAUUGGCCAUGCAGUCUGGAGGACACUGCCCGCAAGACUUUAUGAGAAGAUCUUUUCCUAAAAUCAGUCCAUCUUCUCCCUUUGCCAACACUGAGGCCAUCCAAGAUGAUUUUACAACUAUCCGUAUGAUGCUGAAUCACCGCUAACUUCACCCAGGCCACUGAUGAACCCACAGCAUUCACUAGGAUGUAGCCAGCAGACACUCGGCGUGAAGAGCGAAAGAUAUUGUGAGCGUGGACGUCUACUUGGACUCUUUCUGGGGUGGACACAUCACAUGUGAAAAUGACUGACACAUGUCCGACCCUGUCAACAAAGGUCAUCACGUGGCUCGUUUGAAUGGCUCAUCAUCCAACAUGUGUUUUUUUUUUAAACAUAGUAGUUAAAUCAUUUUUGUCAAUGAAGCUUACUUCAUCAGAGGAAUUUCUAAUAACAGACCCCUGGUGCAGUGCGAGCGCUGUGUUUGUGUGCAUGUGUGUGUGUGUGUGCGGGCACAUCCAGGGAUACACUGUGAAAUAAAUUCAAUCAAAUGUCAUUGUUCAUCCACUUGUAUUUUUGCCCACACCCAGAAUGGAACGUAAAGGACUGGGAUUCAAGCCCCACUGUAAAGAUAAGAAGGAAAAACUCCACUAUUGGAACAAAAUUCUUGAACAUUGGAAAAAAAAGCCUAAUUUUGUGUUCAAGAACAGUGUCAAGCUGUAGGCCCAGGGGCCAGAUCUGGCCCACCACAUCAUUUUAUGUGGCCCGCAAAAGCAAAUCAAACAUGUCAACUUCCACGAUGAUUGCUAAAAUCUCAACCAAAAUUUAACAUUGUCAUAUGUAAUCAAUAAGAGACAUAGUGGAAGCAUUUUCUUGUUACCAAACCCCUCAUUACAGUAACUUAAACAAUAGUAGAAUAAGACCGUUAUUAUAGACUUUUUUAUAUGGUUUUAGUCAUAAGGGAAAUGGUAACUAAAAUGUGGCCCAUGACAAAAAUGAGUUUGACACCCCUGUGUUAAAGUAAGAAUGUUGUCAAGUUACCGGGUAAAUUUGUGCAAACUUGACAAGCGAUGAAACUGUGUUUGUGUUUGUUGACACAUCAACACCAGCAGCAGAAUGAACUCCUUUUAAUGUGUAAAUGUUUCAAGUAUGCGUUGAACUCACCUCUGAUGUUUGUCUUUGUUCAAUCAUGAAGCAGAACUGUUUUUCAACAAAUAUGAAAAGAUAUUUAAUGAGGACGAGUAUAUGACACGUCUCUCCAGACACACAGCCACUGCUGAUCUCAGAUCUUGGCAUUUGGUGAGAGUUUUGAUAUUUACUUGUUUACAUGGUAACAUAAUUUCUGUGGAGAACUUAUUUUCUCUAAAAACAAAAAACAAAAAAACAAAUCAGACUCAUACCUUUUUAUUUCCAGGAAAAAAGAAUUAUACUUUUGUUCUUACAACUUUAAGAGAUUUCUUCUUGUAAUGUAACUUCUUUUCUUUUUCAGUGUGGCCCAAAUACUUAUUUGUACACAGUACACAAUCUCGCACUAAAUUGUGUCCUUGUGUUGAAAUUGCAAAGCGUUUGCACAAUUGUUUUUUUUUUGUGGUCUUAAUUUUUUUGCAUUGAAAUAUUUGUAUUGAGGUGGCGGAACAGAAAUAGUGUAUAACUGAAAGUAGUAGUAGUAAAAAAAUAAAUAAAUCUACUAUCCAGAACAUUUCCUAUGUGAUGUAUUUGGGGGCACUGGUCUAAAACCAAGUCUAUUUUGAUAUGACAUCUUUUAUUGAUCUGAAAGUAUUAGCUGCCCUCAGAUGCUUGAUAUAUUUGACAUGAUAUACUGUAUAUAUAAUUAAAGUACAAUUAUGGUACUUUAUGUUCAAUGGAUGUCAUCAACAAGACCUAAAGAACACUGAAAAUGUGCGUUAGAGACCCCCCAUUCACUCAUUAUCUUCACUUCAGCUGAUUGUUGCUAAUGCUACGGAGAGGUUAACUCAUCCAUCACAAAAGUUAAAGCAAGACUUCAACAAUUCAUUAAUUAUCACGCCAGUCAUUCUAAAUAGUGACAUUUUGUUCAGACCUCAUCUCAAAGCUGUAGCGAUGGCGAUUCGGUUACAUUUCACUCAUAAUGUUUUCAGAAUAAGAGUAGUAUCAAACACUGCUUUGUCCACUUCAUAUUUUUUCUCAGUUGCCUUAAUCAAAUGAGGAAGUACAACAGUGAUCAGAUUCAUCUUCUUACCAGAAAUGUCGCUCAAUCAGUUUGUAUGAUUAGCAGUCUCGAACCUUUUUUGCGGAAUCACUCCUUGCGGUUACACGUAAGCACCAGAAACAAACAGUUGCUGGGUGGGUGAGGGGGUAUGCAAGGGCCAAUAUAAUCGAGCACUAAAUAUCACCGCCAAAAUGCUGUAAUCACACCACCUCUUUGAUCAACUGGCAGGCAGACCUUGCUCGUAGACAAGACCUUUGACCAAGUAAAAGCUAAACUCACUAACAGUUAUGGCGUUGGGUGGCGUAAUGUGAUUUGAGCUCUGUUAAUAUGCGUCUUGGAUUUCACCUUAUUUUGUUCAUAAAUAUAACAGUGUACCUCAGACCCUCUGGAUCAUUGUAGAAAUCAAUCCAUUGAAUGCAUUAUUAUCAUUAUUAUUAUUGUUAACACACAGACACGCGAUUGUGGGUGGAAGGUGGUCUCCAAGUGCCCACUUUACUGCGGCCAACUUUAUAUGAUCCGCAAAGUGGAGAUCUUGCAGUUGUUUGUUGUGAGAGGUGGAAAAGCCACCUUGUUGUUAUUCCUGUCAUUAGUUGGCGAGCCUCAUGAGCAUUUUCCAUCUGCCUUCUUUUGUCUGAAUGAUCGAAUCACAGUUGUAAUGUUGGUUUAAGGUAAAAAUCACCAGUGAGUUCUUUACAAAACAAAAAAACAAAUGACAUUAUACAUAAGCUGAAAUCUGAAAAAUAAAUGAGUCUUUUCUAGGACAAAAGCAUGUCGAGCUGGUGUCCCUGUUAAUGUGAUGAUACCCUUAUUUUUUCUUUGCCUGUUUCUUUCUUUUCUUUUUUUUGCUGUUGUUUAUUUGUACUUAAAAUCCUGUAUAUCGGUGUCGUAAUGUAUGCAUUCGAGAAUAUAAAGUGAGCAUCUGCUUGAGGGAA